CGGCGUGACGGAGGCACGCCGAGGGUGACCUCACCCUCCACCAUGGCGGCGGCGGUAGAUUAGGGCUGCCAGUCGAAGCAGCCACCGCCGCUGGGGGACCCGGUUGGAAGCAACUGCCGCCGCCGCCGCCUCUUUCAUCUCUUCUGGGGCAGGGGCCAGGGCCAGGUUUUAUUACACAUCUGUAAGUAGACUUCUUUGGAGCUCUGCCAGUAAAUUCAAUGGCGUCCUCUACUACUGUGCCUCUAGGAUUUCACUAUGAAACAAAGUAUGUUGUCCUCAGCUACUUGGGACUCCUCUCUCAGGAGAAGCUGCAAGAGCAACAUCACUCCUCACUCCAAGGGGUUCAACUAGAUGUAGCUUCCCAAUCUCUGGAUCAAGAAGUUUUAGUAAAAGUUAAAACUGAAAUUGAAGAAGAGCUAAAAUCCCUGGACAAAGAAAUUUCUGAAGCCUUCACCAGCACAGGCUUUGACCGUCACACAUCUCCAGUGUUCAGCCCUGCUAACCCAGAAAGCUCAAUAGAAGACUGCUUGGCCCAUCUUGGAGAAAAAGUGUCUCAGGAACUUAAAGAGCCUCUGCAUAAAGCAUUGCAAAUGCUCCUCAGCCAGCCAGUGACAUAUCAGGCAUUUCGGGAAUGCACAUUGGAGACCACAGUUCAUGCCAGCGGCUGGAAUAAGAUUUUGGUGCCUCUGGUUUUGCUACGACAAAUGCUUUUGGAGUUGGCAAGAUAUGGUCAAGAGCCUUUGAGUGCACUGCUGCAAUUUGGUGUGACAUAUCUGGAGGACUACGCGGCAGAGUACAUCAUUCAGCAAGGCGGCUGGGGCACUGUCUUUAAUCUGGAGUCCGAGGAGGAGGAGUACCCUGGAGGCAUCGCAGAGGAUAGCAAUGACAUUUAUAUCCUGCCCAGUGACAACUCUGGACAAGUCAGUCCUCCAGAGUCUCCGACUGUGACCACCUCCUGGCAGUCAGAGAGCCUGCCUGUGUCGCUGUCGGCGAGCCAGAGUUGGCACACAGAGAGCCUGCCUGUGUCUCUAGGUCCCGAAUCCUGGCAGCAGAUUGCAAUGGAUCCUGAAGAAGUGAAGAGCUUAGAUAGCAACGGCGCUGGAGAGAAGAGUGAGAACAACUCUUCCAAUUCUGACAUCGUGCACGUGGAGAAGGAAGAAGUUCCCGAGGGCAUGGAAGAGGCUGCUGUGGCUUCUGCGGCCCUGCCUGCCGGGGAGCUGCAGGGGGCGUUCCCCGAAGGCCCAGCACCCCUGCUUCCACAUCUCACUGCCACGUCCCUGCUGGAGACAGGAGAACCCGACGCAGAAGUGAUUGCAGUUGAGAAAGCCGGCCCUGCUACAUCUUUGUUUGUGGAACUUGCUGAAGAAGAGGUGAAAGCAGCAGCAGCUGAGCCUGCUGACGAGGAGGCGGCCCCUGCGCUGGAAGCUGAGGAGACGCAGGGCGAGGAGACAGCUGGAGCGAGAGAGGGGCUCACCGAGGAGCCCCCCCCUGCUGGGAAAGCAAUGGCCACGCCCUUGUCGGGGGGCAGGUCUACACUGCUGUUCGGAGGGGCCGCCGCCGUCGUUGCCCUGGCAGUGGCAGUCGGGGUGGCACUGGCUCUGAGGAAGAAAUAGCAGAUUGUUUUCAGAAGAGGAAGAAGACAAAAGAAUCUGAGAUUUUAAUUAUAUUGGCUGGAAAUUGAACCGGUAGCAGCUGAUGGGACAUUUGUGGAACACUCUGGGAUAACUGGGGACUUCUCAACAAGGCAGUGGCUUGAUCUCACAUUAGGGCUUGAGGUAGAGGGCUUUCGUGGCUGUCUGGAUUCCAAGGGCCUUGGCUCAUGCUAGAUUUGCAGUCUCAUAAGUAAAGUGCUCCCUCCAGAACAGGGUUUCUCAGCCUCGCACUGUUGACACUUCCAUCAUUCUUUGUUGUAGGAGGCUGUCCUGGGUAUUGUAGGAUGCUCAGCGACAUCCCUGGCCUCUACCCACCCCACUCCCAGUGAUGACAACCAGAAAUGUCUCCAGACAUUGCCAAAUGUCCCCUGCGACAAAAUCAUCCUGUUGAGGGCCACUGCUUUUGAGGGGGAGGGUUAAUCUAGGAAAAUUGGGGAUAGAAAUUCCCAGGCAAGGGGGCUUAGCUGUGGGCCCCUCGGCUACUGACUUGCUGGCUCUUUCCCUGACACUUCAUCUUCCUGCCGAACAGGCUGUGCUGCAGCCACCCCCAUCCCAGAGUGCGAGGGUGCUCUCCCCGCACGCCUCGGCUGCCUCUCAGGGACUGCACUGUCCUCUUCUCCCCGGGUUCCUGCUAAGAUCCCCCAGGAGAGGGCUUGCUCUUACUUCUGCUCAGACCCAUCAAGUCCCUGAAGCUCCCUGCAGCUCCACCUUGUAAAGAUGCUGCCUUUAGGAAUCUUUAAAAAAAUACAUAUAACAUAAAAGAGACAGGUCCCCUACCUGUGAGUGCAAUUUCAAGUAACUCUGGUAGAGAGGCGUUUGUCUCAUUUAGAGGCAGGAUGGCCUAGAUGGCCUCCUGAGGGCUCUUCCAGCCCUUUCUGUCAGCACUCGCCCCCCUUAGCCACGGUUACUGCCAGCAGCAUCUCUGUUCCUGAAUGGUCACUGUCUAACUCUGGGCUAGGGAAAUUUUUCCAAUAUCUGACUUCAGUCUUACUACUGACCAGUUCUGUGGGUCUCCUGCCACAAGGUAAAAAUUUUCAUGCUUGGGCUUACAGAACCAGUUGGAUAAUAACUCUUAUUAAAUGUAGAAAGUCUUCUAAAUAUCACUGAAAAAAGAACAGGCUACCCUUGAGUUUCUAGUUUGGCUUUCAGAGUUCAAGAAUGGAGGCAUCUUUGCCUAAACUCUUCACAGCCCAAAUGCCUGAGUAAUAAACCGAAAUGAUCCUAAUCAGUAUAUGCUAGCUGAGGAUCAGCAUAAUUUUCUUUCAUCUGGCUGAUCGCAUUUCUAAAGAAGGGAUGGAACUGAGUCAUUCCAUGCCUGAGGGUCACAGCGGCACAGUGCAGGGUACACAUGCUUGAUAAAAAAAAGUCAUCUCAGAUUUAUCUUAGUAAAUGUAACAAAUUACUUUUUAGAUCCUGAAGUUUAUAAUAAAAGUACCUUACCUACCCUGAUCACUAAAACCUGAUGUUUUAAACGUGCUUUUCUUUUGAAAUUUAUUUUUUAAAAUAAAGUCUUCUUCCUAAAGCAA